AUGCAAACAUGGCGGCGGACCUUCGCCACAUCUGUCGCAAGACUAGGCUCAAGUACAACGCCUAGUUCACGUCCGGCUAUCCUUCGAUGCGCACAGAUCCUCCAGAGCAACAAGCAAGGCCAGCCCUGCAGCUUGGAGGACCAGGAGAUCAAAGUCAAUGGAUUCAUUCGGUCCGUUCGCAAACAGAAGCGCUUUGCUUUUGCGGAAAUUUCCGAUGGAUCGACUAUCCAGCCAUUGCAGGCAAUCUUAAAACCAGCGCAGGCAGCUGACUUAUCCACCGGUACUGCAGUUCAAAUAUCAGGUAUAUGGAAGGCCUGCCCACCUGGAAAGGAGCAGACCCAUGAGCUCCAAACAACCGGUGUGACCGUGGUCGGCGCGUCGGAUCCAGAGACCUUUCCGAUCCAGAAGAAAUACCACAGUCCCGAUUUCCUGAGACAGAUUCCCCAUCUUCGCAUCCGAACACCAUUUCAAUCAUUGCUCUCGAGAUUCCGUUCAGAGUGCCUAUUCCAAAUCGGCAACGUCUUCCACUCCUUUCCCAAUGGCGGCUUUUCUCAAGUACAACCUCCCAUAAUUACGUCUUCGGAUUGUGAAGGAGCAGGAGAAACAUUCACACUCGCCCCUCGAGGUUCUGCGACGCCGGAUGUCGAUGGGGAACACUUUUUCCGCGCACCUAAAUACCUGACUGUGUCAUCGCAACUACACCUUGAGGCAUAUGCCGCAGAGCUGGGCAAUGUAUGGACAUUGACGCCUGUUUUCCGUGCGGAAAAGAGCGACACGCCACGGCAUCUCAGUGAGUUCUACAUGCUCGAAGCGGAAGCAAACUUCAUGAACGACUUGGAUUCGCUUACGGGCGUGGUUGAACAUAUGCUUCGUGAUUUGACACGACGACUAUAUGAGACAUCUGUUGGACAGGAAAUUUUGUCUGCAAAGCGCGGCGGCGAGUCUGGGCAGGAGAGCUCCUCCGAAGAGACGAAGCCAGAUCUACGUCAACGAUGGGCCACCUUGAUGGAUAGUCCCAAGUGGCCUCGUGUCACAUAUACAAAGGCCAUUGAAAUGCUCCAGCGAGCUGCUGAUGAAGGUGCCUCAUUCGAAUACCCUCCCACAUGGGAUGGUGGCCUUCAACUCGAGCACGAAAAGUACAUUGUUGAGGUGUUGCACCAAGGCAACCCGGUCUUUGUAACUGAUUAUCCGAAAUCUGUCAAGCCAUUCUACAUGGCUCCCUCGCAGGUUGGAAAUGAGACUGACGACACACCGGGACCGACCGUUGCCUGCUUCGACCUGCUCCUGCCCGAGGUCAGCGAAGUUGCUGGGGGGUCCUUGCGUGAGCAUCGUCUGCCCGACCUUAUCCAGAACAUGCGCGAGCAUGGUUUGAUUAAGACCAUUGAAUCUACUGACCCUGAGAAGCCAACUCCCAAUGAGUCUCUAUACCCUCACCUUGCGCCGACGGAAGACCUCGGCCACUUACAGUGGUACGCGGACCUUCGCCGCUGGGGCACCGCACCCCAUGGUGGCUUUGGACUUGGUUUCGACCGGAUUCUCAGCUAUCUUGCUGGCGUCUCUAGUGUUCGGGAUGUGGUCCCAUUCCCGCGGUAUUUUGGCCGAGCUGAUUGCUAG